AUGGAGAGUAAUGGGGGUUGCAGCAGCAGCAGCAGGAGGCCUGUGAAGCUCUGUUUCGAUGAUGGUUCAGAAAUGGUGGCGGAUCAUGUCAUUGUGAUAGUGUCUUUGGGGGUUCUCAAAGCUGGGAUUCUGGGAAAAUCAGGUAUGUUCAGUCCUCCGCUUCCCUCCUUCAAGACUGAAGCGAUUUCCAGGCUUGGUUUUGGCGUUGUUAACAAGUUGUUUCUGCAAUUGGAUCGAGAAAGUGAGAAUCUUGAAACGUUUCCCUUCCUACAAAUGGUGUUUUACUGGUCUGAUUCGGAAGCCAGAAACCAGAAGAUUCCCUGGUGGAUGCGUAAAACAGCUUCGCUCUUUCCAAUCUACAAGAACUCUAAUGUAGUCCUCUCUUGGUUUGCUGGGGAAGAAGCUCUAGAGCUCGAGUCUCUCAAAGAUGAUGAAAUUCUAAAUGGAGUCUCCAGUACAGUCUCUAGUUUCUUGUCAGAUUCUAAGCCCCAAAACAGCAAUGGAUGUGUGAAUUCUGUGGAGUGCAAUCAUAGUCAUGGGAAGAAGAUAAAGUUCACUAGGGUUCUAAGGAGCAAAUGGGGAAACAAUCCUUUGUUCAUGGGUUCUUACAGUUAUGUAGCAGUGGGGUCGAGCGGCCAUGAUUUUGAUUUAAUGGCAGAGCCAUUGCCACAAAGUAGCAACAGUGACUUUGUUGAAGGAGCUUCUCCUCCUCCUCUUCAAAUUCUAUUUGUAGGGGAAGCUACAUACAGAACACACUAUUCUACCACCCAUGGAGCUUAUUUCAGUGGUCUAACGGAAGCUAAUAGACUCCUACAACAUUAUCUCUUGCACCAUUAA